GCUGUGUCGAGUGAGCAGAAUGUAAACAGGCGCUAGCUAAGUGACACUAGCACCGAAGGCGGCAAACUGUGGUCCGGGCGCCGCUGAUUCACAGUCAUGGCUUCACGAUAGUGGCCCAGAACGGAAAUGGCGCUUGUGAUCUGAUCUCUUAUCCGGCAUCUUCCUCUUCUGGUCGUUUUAGCUUGCACACGAUUCAUAAGCUGUCACCAUGACUAAAGACAUACUGGUUGGAGAUGAGUUACCAGACUGGGUGGGAGCGAAGGAGUUUUACCAGAAGUACGACCCCAAAGAAGUGAUUGGCAGGGGUGUGAGCAGCGUGGUGCGCAGGUGUGUGCACAGACACACGACUCAGGAGCUGGCGGUGAAGAUCAUUGAGAUCACGGCGGAGAAGAUGACGGCCCAGCAGCUGGAGGAGGUGAAAAGCUCCACCCUGAAAGAGAUCCAAGUCCUCGACAUGGUGAAGGGACACUCGUCCAUCAUUACUCUCAUCGAUUCCUAUGAGUCCACAACCUUCAUAUUUCUGGUGUUUGACCUCAUGAGGCGAGGAGAGCUGUUUGACUACCUCACAGAAAAAGUUACUCUGAGCGAGAAGGAAACCAGGAGUAUGGUGCGAGCUCUGCUGGAAGCGGUGCAGUACCUCCACUCCCUCCACAUCGUCCAUCGGGACCUGAAACCUGAGAACAUUCUCCUGGACGAUCAGGGACACAUCAAGCUGUCCGACUUUGGUUUCUCAGUGCAGCUACAGCCUGGAGAGAAACUCCGAGAGCUUUGUGGGACGCCUGGUUAUUUGGCCCCUGAAAUACUCAAAUGUUCCAUGGAUGAAAUGCACCCGGGCUACGGCCAGGAGGUGGAUCUCUGGGCCUGUGGCGUCAUCCUGUUCACUUUACUGGCCGGCUCACCGCCGUUCUGGCAUCGCAAACAGAUGCUGAUGCUGAGGAUGAUCAUGGAGGGUCGCUACCAGUUCAGCUCCCCAGAAUGGGACGACAGGUCGGACACAGUGAAAGAUCUGAUAUCCAGGCUGCUGGUGGUGGACCCAGCUGUCCGUCUCACUGCUGAACAAGCAUUAGCUCAUCCCUUCUUUAGACUGUACCAGAAGGAGGACGUGCGACACUUCAGCCCCAGAAAGACGUUUCGGGUGUUGAUAGUCAGCGUGCUGGCUUGCAUCAGGAUGUACAGCCGCUACCGCAAAGCUCGCCCAUUGACCCGGGAGGUGCUGGCCAGAGAUCCUUACUCCCUCCGCGGCGUGCGCAAACUCAUCGAUGGCUGCGCCUUCCGUAUCUACGGCCACUGGGUGAAGAAAGGGGAGCAGCAGAACAGAGCCGCCCUCUUUCAGAACACAGCUAAGAUCAUGCUGCUGGGCCUGGAGGACUUUGAAACUUGAAAAGGUCAACGUGAUUCCUAACCAACUUGAUUUGUAUUCAACCGUUUGCAUGUCCUGUGGCGUCUGUUUUUUUUGUGUCUUUUUUACUUACUCUAGUUUACCAUGUUUAAUUUUAUGAUGAGAAAUUCAGGGACCGGGACAUUUGUUUGCCUUAAUGCGCACAAUGGGUUUGAAUUGAUUAGCAUGCACACCCUAAUACUCUUCAUCUGCCUUUUGAUCUAAGUGUGUGGCUGUCUGAACCUCUUCUUCAGGUCAUAGUGUUGGCAAUCACUAGAUAAAACCCGUCACAUAUUAUAAGCUGUAGGUACAAAAUAUAUGUAUAUUUAGAGUUUUACCUGACAGGAUGCAUUUUUAAGCACUGUGUGGCUGAGAUGGACUAAAAGCACUGUGGUUAAAUAUUAAGUAGAUGAUUAUAUUAACAUAUUGAAACUGAUUUACAGAUAUUCCAGUGUUAUGUGGACAUGUGUGAAACAUUCAAGUACAGUAUCUGAAGUGUUUUUUUGGUAGAGCCUCAUUUACCCAUAACGCAUGCGGUCAUUCCUCAAUAGGGAACCCACUUAAACUAACUGUGAAGUUUUUUCCCUCCUUAAACACCAUUCCCUACUUAUUUCAUUUCCCAGUGUGCUUAGUGAAACUUCACCUGCAAAUUCCUGCCUGAGAAAUGUACAUUUAUUGUACAAAUGCAAAAAUAUGUUGUACUGUAAAAGAAGAUAAAGGGUUUUAUUGAGAAUAAAACAAAUUACAGUCAGAA